GUGCUUUCGAGUGCCUUUGGCGAAACACUCAUUUCCUGGCUGAUCGUCACCACCUCUGCGCUGGGUACGUUUAUCUGUGGCUUCUGUGUGGUUUUUGCCCUAGCGGUGGCUGAGCACACUUACUUCCAGCGCUUUCUGUACGCAAAGUACUUCUCUGCUCUGACAUCGGCACGGAGAGGGCGCCGAUACGGCCUGCCCCACUUCCGACUGCAUAAGGUGCGAAACACACUGUGUAUCACCAACAUCAAGAUGUGGCUAUCCCUGCGAUCGUUCCUUAAACGAAAGGGACCACAGCGCAGUGUUGAUACCAUUGUGAGCCUGUCCUUUAUUCUCGUGCUUUUUCUGGUGGGCAUGAUCAGCAUUAAGUCAACCACAGGCCAUGCCGGCUUAUUACUGACUGUCUCGGAUUGGCAAACCGUGGUGUGGUAG